UGCUGUCACUGCUGUCUCUCUUUCAGGAUAAAAGUUUGAAGCCAGAUCGAGUGAUUUGUUCCCGUUGCUCUCUUUCUCAGAUUAUAGUGCUUGAUGGAAUUUGGAGGUUUGGUUACUAGUUUAUGGUACAUGCUCGACACUAACUGUAAUGGUGUUAGCAAUAUACAUUGAAGCUCUGUAUUUUUUGGAUGGAAGAAUUGAAUUGAGUGGGUGUGGAUAAAUGGGGAACAAUGACAAGACAAAGAGAGUGGUUUUUGUGACUGUGGGGACAACCUGCUUUGAUGCUCUUGUGAGAGCUGUAGAUUCCAACGAUGUUAAACAAGCCUUGUUUGCAAAAGGCUACACCCACCUUCUUAUCCAAAUGGGCCAUGGAUCCUAUCUUCCUACUAAGUCUGAAGGAGAUGGUUCGUUGGCUGUAGACUACUUCACUUUUUCAUCCAGUAUUGCAGACCAUCUCAGAUCAGCUUCUCUUGUCAUUAGCCAUGCAGGGUCAGGUAGCAUAUUUGAGACACUGCAGCUAGGCAAACCUUUAAUUGUAGUUGUAAAUGAAGAUUUGAUGGAUAAUCAUCAAAGUGAGCUUGCAGAAGAGCUUGCUGACAGAAAACAUCUUUAUUGUGCUAGUCCUCUGACACUCCAUCAAAUUAUAGCAGAUAUGGAUUUAACGUCUCUCCUACCUUAUUCUCCAGGUGAUGCCACACUUGUAGCCAAGCAUAUAAACAGAUUCCUUGGUUUUCCUGAUGACUGAUCCAAAGGCCUUUUUUUCUCUAUUUUUUUCCUUGAGUUAAAAGCCCCAAAUAUUGAAGUCUUAUUACUGAAGAUCAUAUUUUGAUGCAAGCAAUGUAUGUGAUAUGUUACAAUACAUAUAUAUGGGAACCGUUGCACUUUCAUAUUCAACGUGUAACUUUGCAGUUAAUAUAUCUACAUUUGAGAGUUGUGAUCCUGAAAUUCAGUCAUGAGGAAAUUGGUCUAGAAGGAAGUCUGUACUACACGUUCAAAUUGUGUGAUUUGUGUCCAUAAUAUUUAGGUAUGAGGGAAAAUCGACAUUAUAACAAAUCAAACAUCAUGCUUAUAUAUGUUAGCUUUAUAUUCCUGU